AUGCAGGUUCAUGGUCUGUCUCUGGCGAACAGCAAGACAGUAAUAGUGCUCCUUAUGAAGAGGAGGAGAAUUCCCAACGUGUUCCCACUGCAAAUUAUCAACGUCCAUCUGAAGACCAAGCCUGCUGCCAAGUACCUCGGGGUGAUGAUUGACAGCAAGCUUUCUUUUGGUGGGCAAGUGCAGCGAAGUGCCGUCAAAGCCGUCAGGGCUUUAGUAACCAUGGGCAGGCUCAUGCUCAACGCCGGAGGCCAGCUUCCUUGCAAAUGCCGCUUGUUGGUGUCAUCAGUUCAAUCCAUCCUUCUGUACGGAGCUGAGGUGUGGACCCACGUCUUGGAGAAUCAUGUUUACCGAAACCGGCUCUCCCAAAUCAAGUGCCGAGGAGCCCUGCAGGUCGCACGGUUUCCGAAACAGCAGUGA